ACAGGUUAAAAAGCAGAAAAGUAUCCACAAAUAUUUUACGUGAUUGGACAACCCACAUAAGUUUGAGUGACUGGAGUUGAGACUGUUUCCAUUUUGUCAAGCAGAGGACAAAAUCAAACACAGCACACCAACAGAUAAAUUUGUCAGAGAUGGGAGAUACAGGUGAAAAGAAAAGAAAUCUUCAGUUGACAGGAAGAACAUAUAGCCAGGACAAAACACAAAGUUUGGAAGAAACAAAAUCUGAAGGAGGUUUUCAAGCAGGACAUCAUGAAACCGAGAUCUGCUAUGGAGGUGAAGCUGACUUACACAAGCACUGUGCGGAAUGUCAUAAGAAUCCAGGUCAUGUCAACUUUAUACCUGUUAAUGAUUUCAACUUGGAUCAUCUCCCCUCACGUUACCGUGACGUCAUCAUGUUGGAGCUAAUCAAAAUUUUGUCUGCACUAACGGUCCUGAUAAAGGUCAAGUACACCAGUCUAAAGAGACCAAAGUCUGUUCCAUGCUUCAGUGGUCAGUACCCAUUUUAUAACACCAGAGGAAGUGACGUGUUGAGGACAGGGACGGGGAGGGUGUGGCAUGUGGUCAAGUACACAGAGAGUGACAACAAGGUCACUUGUCCAUGUGACAAGUGUCAACACUCGGACACACCCAGCAAAGUGUGGGGUGAGGUUUGUGUGGUGACAGCCACACACGUGGUGUUUGAUGACAGUGAGGCGAGACAGACCAAGUGUGUUGUAGGUUUUGAUGACAUUAAACGUUAUGGGGUCAGUCUUGAUAUCUUGGGGGUGGGGGAGGCAGAUAUUGAGGGAGACGUGUGUAGGUUUACAUGUGUGUCAUGUGACUUAGAGUUGCUUGAUGAACUGGACAAGAUGUGUCGGCACUUUGAUGAUCUAUGUGAGAAAGUAGAGGACAAAUACAAGAGAUUUGAUGAUGUGGACAAGUUGACCGUUAUAGUGUCACAUCCUCAUGGCUGUCCUAAACAGGUCUCUGUAGAAGAAUGGACACCGAUACAACUGUAUAAAUAUCAUCAUGACUGUCAAAGCUGCAUAAACGCAUCCAUUUUAUGGCUUGAUUUUGAAACUGUUUCAUGUUUCAAGAUUGAGAGUACAAACAGUUUAAUAAAUAAUAACGAUAAUGGUGAUACGGAAGAAAUACUGAAACACAUGCGCACGUCAAAAAUAUCAUUGCUUUUUGCAAUAAUUGCAUCUACUGUUUCGAUUGGAAUUUUUCUCUUCGCUCAAUCAGUCACAGAAUUAAAUUGGAUCACAAACUUGAAUGAUGGUGUGUUAACAAUGGCGUAUGUAAAUUCAAAUGCUCUUAUUGAUAAAGAUGCACGUCCAGGAAUGUAUCCACCAGUUACAGCACAUCUAAGACUUUAUCCGUCUGUCCGUUACCCUGAUAUAGACAAUCAAGAAGACCCUAUAUUUAGCUCCACCUCACACACAACUCUGACAAUAAACCAGGAAAACAAGGAGGGCAGGAGCCAGUACGCUAGGGGUGUCAGUCUACUGCAUGACAGGAUACAGAUUUUACGUCAAGGUCUGUACUACAUCUACAGCAACGUCAACUUUCAACCAAACUCCACCCGCUACUCAUCAGACUUUGUCUACCAGACAUGGUUUCAGUACGUCCACCUGGUCUCGCCUAGCAGUCCAGCUAAAUCAGGUGUGUUACUGAGAACCGUUCACACCUGUUGCAGCAACUGUACCAACAGUCAGGAAACUAGCUAUACAGGCGGGUCACUGCUAGGUUACCUUAGACACACUUAUAAAGUGUUUAGUUGGAAGGAAAGUUGUUUAAGAAGAAAAGAACUAAUUAAGUUAAUCACAUAG